UGUCUAUCUAUAGUCUCUGUUCAUAAACGUAGUUUAUGGCAGUUUGUUAAAUAAGGUCUUUUUUUAACCUGUAUUUUUUUCGGACUGUUCCUGAAUGUGAUAUUGUUCAGCGCAACAAUACAAUGAAUGUCAUGGAUGAGAUUAAAGUUGGAAAGGUCGAAAAUGUUCGUAUGCUCGAUCGGUUUACUAAUAACCAUUCUACUGGUACCUUGUUUCUUACACCCACUCAUCUUAUUUUUAAAGAUCAGAAUGGAAAAAAAGAAAUAUGGGUUUGGAAUACACAUAUAGCUGUUGUGGAAAAACAGCCAUUAACUACAACAGGAUCACCAUUGUACAUAAAGUGUAAACACUUUCUGACUGUUACAUUCAUAAUAUCUAAGGAACGUGAUUGUCAUAAUAUUUAUGUGACACUCAUGAAACUUUCAUUUCCAGUAAAAUUGGAAGAUUUAUAUUGCUUCAAAUUUCGAACAUUAGAAGAUUCGGAAAUCCAAAGAGAUGGCUGGAAUUCUUUCGACAUCCAAAAUGAAUUUCAAAGGCAGGGAGUACCAAAUAAAGAGUGGAAUCAGACAUAUCUUAACACGAACUAUGAGCUCUGCGACACUUAUCCAAAAUACUUGUACGUUCCAGCCUCAUGCUCAAAUCAAACUUUGAUGGGGAGUGCAAAAUUUAGGAGUAAAGAACGAUUACCAGUUCUCACUUAUUUACAUUCAAAUAAGGCUGCGAUUUGUCGUUGCAGUCAACCUCUUUCAGGCUUUAAUGCUCGUUGUCCUGAGGAUGAACAAAUGCUGUAUCAAAUUCUGUGUACUAAUCCCAAUAGCAAAUACAUGUAUGUCGUCGAUACGAGGCCAAGAAUCAAUGCUAUGGCGAAUCGUGCUGCUGGCAAAGGAUAUGAAAAUGAGAAUUUUUAUGACAAUAUCAAAUUUCGCUUCUUUGGUAUCGAGAAUAUACAUGUCAUGAGAGCCAGUUUGAGCAAAUUAGUCGAAUUGCAAAGGAGUUCCUCAAUAGGUUCAUUCCUGAGUGGUUUAGAGAGCAGUGGCUGGCUGAAGCAUAUCCGUUCCAUCCUUGAGACCGGUUGGUUCAUAGCACGUGCAAUUUCCAAUGGAACCAGCGUAGUUGUUCAUUGCAGUGACGGAUGGGAUAGAACAGCUCAAGUCUGUUCGAUAGCGGCUCUGCUUCUAGAUCCAUUCUAUCGUACUAUGCAAGGCUUUCAAACUCUUAUCGAAAAAGACUGGCUAUCCUUUGGACACAAGUUCAGUGAUCGCUGCGGUUACAUUAGCAGCGAUGGAAAAGAAGUUGCACCAAUAUUCACUCAAUUCAUCGAUGCUACUUAUCAGUUGCUUCAACAGUAUCCUUACAUGUUUCAAUUUAACGAAUGGUUUUUGUUGUCCCUCCAUGAUGACGUUCAUAGUUGUCAAUAUGGCACAUUUGUUGGUAACAGUGAAAGAGAACGACAGACCCUAAGAUUAUCCGAGAGAACAGAUUCUCUUUGGAGCGGUGUAGCGAAACACAUCAACGAGUACAUCAAUCCUCUGUACGCGUGUAAUCGUUACAAAGAUGAUAGCAAUAAAGUUUUGCAACCGAAACUCUCGCCGCAGAGUAUAACUCUCUGGCGAGGCCUCUACUUUAGAUUCGAGAGUGGUGUUCAUCCUCGUGAAACUUGGCAAGACGUUUUACUAACUACUCAUGACCACUCUUUCUCUUUGGAAGAUCACGUCAAAUUGCUUCUGAAGCAUGUUGAUUCUCUGAGAAACUUAAUCGACGUGAAAACGUCGCGAAGCAAGAGUACCCAAGACCAGUAUAAUUAUGACUAUACCAUCGAUAAUGAUCAUUCGCCAAAUAAAACCAUCGAGGACCAAAGGAAUGAUGAAACAAUAGUGAAGGAUAGUAUGAUGAUUGAACAAUUGGAGAGCGAAUUGAAGAGUGUUGCCCUAGAAUGGAAAUCAUCGAGAAAAAUCGAUGAAUGCAUUUGCUCAACGAUGUUUGACGUUUUUAGUAAAAAGUAUCACUGUUGGUCCUGCGGCAACGUUCUUUGUAAAAGAUGCAUAGGCGAUCAAACUGUCUUAAUCGGACAUUUAAGCCAACGAGCCGUUCCAACGUGUAAAUCGUGCUCGCAAAACUCGCCAGUUUCGUCUUGAUUGCUGAAUGGAUAUUCGCCAUUGCUCAUGUUUACCGAUUUGGAAUCUGGAUGUGAACACCACUGUGUGCAUUUUUAUGCCAGUGGUAUUUGGGAUUGCGUUUACAUCCGUUCUAUCCGAUAAGAUUAGUUUAAGAAAGCGUUCUCAUACUUUUGUAUCUGGUAAGAAAAAAUAGCCGUGAAAGAUCGACCGUAUAACGCUCGUCCACCGUGCGUUACUCUGGUGGAGUGAUACAUAUUUCUGCUAAGGUAGAUUUUUUAUAAGCUUGCGAAUUCAGUCUUAAACACUUCUUGGUACGAUCUCGAGAGACGUAGCCGACAAGAGUCGAAGUUUAGAACUAGAAAUACUUGUGAAUGUUUUAUGAAUGAAAUAAGAAAAAAUAAUAAAUUUAAUUUUGUUAAACUUAAAAACAA